AUGCUGAGCCGUGCCGUUCUGCCUCUUGCGAGGCGCAACGUCCUCGCCUCGACCGUCCGGGUCUCCGCCCUGUCCGCGCAGCGGCCACGGUGGUAUGCUAAAGGCAAGGACAACGCCCCGUAUAAGCUGCCCGAGUCAUUGCAGGCCAAGGAGCCCAAGGCUCAGCAGUCUCAGGCUACCGAAAAGUCACAGAAGGACCAGCAGGCUGCAGAGCAGUCUGAGUCCAACGCCCAGGCUACGCCCGAAAGCGAUUCUGCCACCACUCCCGAAUCGGAGCAGAUUCCCAAUAAGCCCCUCCCCGACUUGACUCAGGGUAUCCCGUCCACACUCGCCGCUGAGCUGGAAGGCCGCAUGAAGAAGGGUGGACCAUUGAACCUGACAGAGGAUCCCACUCAAUCUGAGGACUACAGCGAAGAUAAUGGCCGUGGUGGUGACAUCCCAAAGGGUGGCUAUGAGACCUCCCUGGAUCGCCGCAAGGCCCGCAUGGCCAAUGUCAUGUAUGCAUUGAUGCUGGCUGCCGGUGUUGCUGGCAUGGGCUACCUAGGCCGGAACUGGGAAACCGAUGAGGAAGAGCGUGCUCACACCGAGACACCAUCUGGCUGGGGCUUUGGUCUGUGGUGGGGUCGCAUCAAGGCUCGUAUGAAUGACCUGACUAGCUACUACAAGGAUCCCGCCUUCCCCAAGCUCCUCCCCGACGAGGAUCCUAACGUGCGCCAACCCUACACCCUGGUCCUCAGUCUGGAGGACCUACUUGUUCACAGUGAAUGGAGCCGCGAGCACGGAUGGCGUGUGGCCAAGCGCCCCGGCGUCGACUACUUCCUCCGCUACCUCAACCAGUACUAUGAGCUGGUUCUUUUCACCAGUGUUCCCAGCAUGAUGGCUGACCAGGUCCUUCGCAAACUUGACCCUUACCGUAUCAUCCGCUGGCCUCUAUUCCGUGAGGCUACCCGUUACAAGGAUGGUGAAUACAUUAAGGAUCUGUCCUACCUGAACCGUGACCUGUCGAAGGUGAUCCUGAUCGAUACCAAGGAGGAACAUGCUCGCCUGCAGCCCGAGAACGCCGUCGUGCUGGAGAAGUGGACUGGCGACCCCAAGGACAAGACCUUGGUUGCUCUCAUUCCCUUCCUGGAGUACCUCGCUGGUAUGGGCGUUGAGGAUGUCCGUCCCGUGCUGAAGUCCUUCGAGGGCAGCUCAAUCCCGGUCGAGUUCUCUAAACGUGAGAAGGCUAUGCGCGAGCGCUUCGAGAAGGAGCUCGCUGAAGAGAACAAGAAGAAGCCUUCCGUCAGCAUUGGUAGCUUUGCCUCUGCACUCGGUCUGAAGUCGAGCCGAACCCUGGACGGCGAGCAGUCACCCUCAGACGGUCUGGCCCAGGGCAAGAUGCUCUGGGACCAAAUCCGUGAGCGUGGCCAGAAGAAUUACGAGCUGAUCGAGCGUGAGAUCCGCGAGAACGGCGAGAAAUGGCUGGCUGAAAUGGCUGCAGAGGAGGAGAAGGCUCGCCAGGAGCAGAUGAAGAGCAUGAAGGGCUCUUUCACUGGCAUGUUCGGUGCCGGUGGCAAGGAGUAA